AACUGCACAAACACCAAAUGCUGAAGGUGCAGGGUCACGUUUUUCAGUCAGAGUAGUUCUCCGUCAGGGAUGAACAGAAAGCUUUGGCUGUUAGGCUGACUGACUGAGAGAUGCCUCUUCUGCUGCUGUGUGUUGUUCUCCAGGCUUUGUCCUUGUCUCAAGGGUUCAAUGGAACAGACCGAACUUCCAAGAGUGUGAAAAAGCAUGCUGAAUCAGACAAACAGAUUGAGCUCUCCACACUAAGCCUGUCCGAGGGCUGUUUUGGUGUGCCUAGGACUCUUUACAAGAACACUACGGUCCAUGUGACCCUCAACCUUUUGGAUGAUCAGGAAAAGAAAGAGCUUGCUCUCCAAAUCUGUGAACGUUUUAGUUGUGGCGGUGUUUAUGAGCACGGCAUGUCUGCAACAGUGCACAAUGGCACUUGUCUUGCAGACUGCAUCCUGAGAAACUCAAAACUGCACAACUGCACUACAGCCGCAAAAGGCGACUGCAGGAAUGCAACUCAAGUUAUCUGCGAGCACCAGGCUGUCCGAUUGGUUGGAGGAAGUGAUCGUUGUGCCGGUCGGGUGGAGCUGCUGCAUUCUGGGAAGUGGGGAACAGUGUGUGAUGAUGAUUUUGGCAAUUUUAGUCAACGUUUAAUAUGUGCCCAGCUGAGAUGUGGCAGCCCAAUACGAGAGGGCUUUUUUGGACCUGGAAUAGGUCCCAUCCACAUCACCCAAAUGAAAUGCAAUGGCUCCGAGAGCAGCUUAUGGGAGUGCGACUCAAGCAAAACCACUGCAAGCAAUUAUUGUGGACAUAAGGAAGAUGCUGGCGUUGUGUGUUCAGAAAGUGCAGAGAAACCAAUCACACAGACAACCGGGCUGAACUUGACAACACUGGUGCCAGUGUCAACUGCAGUGGCAGCUACAGACAGCAACAGUGGCAUUUCAGCAGCAGCGAUUGGCUGCAUCAUCUUAUCUAUUGCUCUGCUUAUGGUUAUUAUUUUAAAUGCCGCAGCCUAUGUGCAUUUCAAAAGAGCAAAGGAAUGUGUGAUUUACCAACAUCAAACUAACUCUCACUCAAGCCUGGAGUCCCAGUCCAAUGUACAGAUGGGAAACCACAACACACCAACCACGGGGCAGCAGUACGAAAGUCUUGGCCCGAGGAUGAGCUCAAAAUAUGGCAGCAAAUUCAGCACGAGAACAAAUCCACCCACACAUGACUCCGACAGUUCUACUGAUUCAGACUAUGAAUAUCACGACAACAAUCGACCGCAAAGACUGCAUCUAAAAAACUCAAGAGAUGUGAAAGACGUAGUCAGUGCAUCCUCUGGAGAAAAAUGUGUGCACAAUGUGGAAAUUAACAUGGAUACCAUCCAAAAGUUAGCAGUAGAUAUGAAUGAUACAAGCAGUACUUCUUCUGGAGAGUUCUAUCAAAACACAAAGACUGACAUGAGCGACACUCUUCAGCCACCUGAGGAAACACCAGCACUUCAAGAAACGUUACCAUUGACACGCUUGUCUUAUGGUGACCAUCACUUACCUGGAACUGACAAUAAAGGAAUAGAUAUGAAUGAUUCAAGCAGUACAUCUUCUGGCGAGUUCUAUCAAAACACAGAGACCAACACAGACAACAAUUUCACAUCACAUGUGAAUGAUUUAGACAGUACAUCUUCUGGCGAGUGCUAUCAAAACACAGAGAUCAACAUGGACAACGAUCUCCAGUGUGAAGACGAGGAAAGUCCAUCACUUCCUCAGAAGUCACUAAAGACACCCCACAGUGCUCAGAUGUCAGGAAACACUGCUGGUUACAGCGGCUCUCCUGUACCUGUCACCCACAGUCAAGAUGGGAAUGAUUCAGACAGUACAUCAUCAGAAGAGUGUUAUCAGAACACAGAGAUGGAUGAAAACGCCUAUCAUCAUUAUGGUGAGGAAAGCCCAUCACUUCCUGAGAUGUCUUUUCAGAAUCCCCACAUUGCACAGAUGACAGAAGAUACUGACGGUUACGGAGACCAUCAUGAACCUAGAAACCUCAGUCAAGAAACAGAUAACCGUAGCACAGCAUCAGAGGCAUCUUACGUUAAUGUACCACCUAAAAAAGAGAGCGAGGACAAUUAUGCUGCAUCUUCAGAGAGCGACUAUGAUGAACCUGAAGCCUGGUGAAAUCAACAUGAUGACUGCAAGAGAUUUUUCUCAGCAGGACAGAUGAUUCACAACAACACUUCCCUGAAAACCAUGGAAUGUAACAGACGGGCCCUUGCAAUACCUGAGUGUUUGUUAAGAAUAUUCUGGAAGAACAACAACAACAACAAAAAUGGACAUUGUUCAUCUAUUUUAUAAUAAACAUUCUAAACAGUUAACCAUUCUAUUAUUCCAUCUAUAACCUCACAGAUGGAUCCAAUCUCAUUCUUUUUCAACUCUCAAUUGAGCCAAAUUUGCAUUUGUAUUUGGAACGUUUGCAUAUGUUACAGUCUUUCAUUAAUCAAUAUAAUACUUUACAGAAUAUAAAUCAGCCACAGUGCUUCAUCACUGUAAGGGAGAAUGUGGCAUCGGUAAAGAGAUUUACAAUUACUUCACACACACACACACACACACACUACACUCAGUAAAGAACAUAAAACUUCCUUUUGUUAUCCAGCCCCACAAACUGCACAAAGCAAAAUCUGAAAAUGGCCAGCAUUCUCUUUUGUGAGGAGAGAGCAUGCAACACUUGCUUGUGGACACAGAUAAGAUUUCCGAGGAGAACUGCUGCAGACUUGUGUUCAUUCUUUGUGUUUGCCACAAACCCACUUUAGCUGCUGUUGCUCCCUCAGGUCUGAGAGUAUCAGGGUCGAGUGCCAGCUACAUUGACAGGCGUAUGCACGCCCACCCAUUUUCCUUCUUAGUUUGGCUUUUAGUUUGUGAUAUUCUGGCAUGUUAUUCCUAAAGAAGGGGACAGAAGAGAAGCUUUUGAGGAUUUGAAUAUAUUUCUGUACUUGUAGUUCAUAGAUGUCCAGUUCAACACAGAGCGCUCCUUCACACAGUUGGCUCACUGCUUUGGUUUUAUCGUUGAACUAUUAUCACCAACUGCAAACCUAUUUUUUUCCCAUAUACUUACAAACCCUUCUGUAGAACAAUUUGUAAAAACUAUUAUCUUGUAUGUGGGUCUGCUUCUCUCAGAAUGUCAAAUUGGAGCUUGAUGUUUUGGAUGAGCAAACAUAUAAGUCCUCUGGUUACCAUGGACUCAUUCCACCAUAAGAUUAAAAAAAUAUGUAUCAUAUAUGAAAAUAAUAAUAAAUACUGUAUAUAUCUUGCACAGAA